AUGUCUAUAAUGAUAAUAUAUCUGAAAGUGGGUCAGAAAAUUGCAGUGACUAUGGUUCCAACUAUGAGUCAGAUACUGAGACUACUAUUAAGUCUCCAAUACCCCAACCCCCUAAAGUAGAAGAACAAAUGUCUAAUACGACAUCUUCCACAGAGCAAGUGAAUCCCACAUAUUCUAAAAGGCAAGAAAGGUUCGACGAUAAAUUUACACAAAAAGAUGUAAUGAAUAAAAUCCGUAAAAUUGUUUCUUCGCCUGCUAGAGAUAUGUCGAAUAAUAAAGGAUCAUUGGAAGAUAUACAUUUAUGGGAUUAUCUCUUACCUAAUUACGGAGCAAAAGAAGGAAUUAGUCUGCUCGAUGCAUAUACACGGGAGGAGUUAACCAAUAGAUUGAUUAUCCAAAUUGACCAAAAAGAUAAUCAAACACCAAA